GGCAGCUGGCAGUAGUUCCGUCAGAGCGGACAUCUUGUGGCUGUGUCGUGCGCGUGAGCCCCGUAGGGCCGGGGAGGCACCAGCUGCCGCGCGGGGAGGAGGCCGAGGCCGCAGCUUGAGGGAGGCCCCGGCCCCUCUGCGCCUGUGUCUGGCAGAGCCGGUGUGAGACGAAGAGACAAUCCUUCCCUGCCGCCCGGAUAAUCAAGAGUUUUGGCCGGACCUUUGAGCAUACACCGAGAGAGUGAGGAGCCAGACGAAAAGCACAGACUAUGGCGCUGAAACGGAUUAAUAAGGAACUUAGCGAUUUGGCCCGUGACCCUCCAGCACAAUGUUCUGCAGGUCCAGUUGGGGAUGAUAUUUUUUUUUUUGUUUUUCCGUAGUGUUUCAUUGGCAAGCCACAAUUAUGGGACCUAUAAGAAACUGUAUAUGCUGGAUAAUUGAAUAUUCAGAAUUAUGGAUACCAUCUAAGAAUUUCACAGAAUUAGAGCGCAAUAAAACAACCUGGAAUGACAGCCCAUAUCAAGGUGGUGUAUUCUUUUUGACAAUUCAUUUUCCUACAGACUACCCCUUCAAACCACCUAAGGUUGCAUUUACAACAAGAAUUUAUCAUCCAAAUAUUAACAGUAACGGCAGCAUUUGUCUCGAUAUUCUAAGAUCACAGUGGUCUCCUGCUUUAACUAUUUCUAAAGUUCUUUUAUCCAUUUGUUCACUGCUAUGUGAUCCAAACCCAGAUGACCCCCUAGUGCCAGAGAUUGCACGGAUCUAUAAAACAGACAGAGAUAAGUACAACAGAAUAUCUCGGGAAUGGACUCAGAAGUAUGCCAUGUGAUGCUACCUUAAAGUCAGAAUAACCUGCAUUAUAGCUGGAAUAAACUUUAAAUUACUGUUCCUUUUUUGAUUUUCUUAUCCGGCUGCUCCCCUAUCAGACCUCAUCUUUUUUAAUUUUAUUUUUUGUUUACCUCCCUCCAUUCAUUCACAUGCUCAUCUGAGAAGACUUAAGUUCUUCCAGCUUUGGACAAUAACUGCUUUUAGAAACUGUAAAGUAGUUACAAGAGAACAGUUGCCCAAGAUUCAGAAUUUUUUAAAAAAUGGAGCAUGUGUAUUAUGUGGCCAAUGUCUUCACUCUAACUUGUAUGAGACUAAAACCAUUCCUCACUGCUCUAACAUGCUGAAGAAAUCAUCUGAGGGGGAGGGAGAUGGAUGCUCAGUUGUCACAUCAAAGGAAGCAGCAUUAUUCUAGCAUCCAGUCUUUUUUUUUAAGCCUUCCACUGUUAGAGAUUUGAGGUUACAUGAUAUACUUUAUGCUCAUAACUGAUGUGGCUGGAGAAUUGGUAUUGAAUUUAUAGCAUCAGCAGAACAGAAAAUGUGAUGUAUUUUAUGCAUGUCAAUAAAGGAAUGACCUGUUCUUGUUCUACAGAGAAUGGAAAUUGGAAGUCAAACACCCUUUGUAUUCCAAAAUAGGGUCUCAAACAUUUUGUAAUUCUCAUUUAAAUUGUUAGGAGGCUUGGAGCUAUUAGUUAAUCUAUCUUCCAAUACACUGUUUAAUAUAGCACUGAAUAAAUGAUGCAAGUUGUCAAUGGAUGAGUGAUCAACUAAUAGCUCUGCUAGUAAUUGAUUUAUUUUUCUUCAAUAAAGUUGCAUAAACCAAUGAGUUAGCUGCCUGAAUUAAUCAGUAUGGGAAACAAUCUUUUGUAAAUGCAAAGCUGUUUUUGUAUAUACUGUUGGGAUUUGCUUCAUUGUUUGACAUCAAAUGAUGAUGUAAAGUUCAAAAGAGUGAAUAUUUUGCCAUGUUCAGUUAAAAGUGCACAGUCUGUUACAGGUUGACACAUUGAUUGACCUGAUUUAUGCAGAAUUAAUAAGCUAUUCGGAUAGUGUAGCUUUAGUAUGCUGCACAUGAUACUGGCAGCCCUGGAGUUCAUAGAUGGACUUGGGACCCAGCAGUUUUGAAACAUGUAUAUGGAGUUUAAGAAAUUUAUUUUCCAGGUGCAACCCCCAUCUAACUAAAUUUUUUUCUUCACCUUGUACACUUGACAGCUGAAAAAACCAUAACAUGGGAGUAAUAAUGGGUCAAAAUUUACAAAAUAAAGUACUGUUUUGGUGUGGGAGUUGUCAUGAGGCUGUGUUGAAGUGACUUAACUAUGUGGGAUAUUGAAUAUCCAUUGAAAUGGAUUUGUUCAGCCAUUUACAUUAAUGAGCAUUUAAAUGCAACAGAUAUCAUUUCAGGUGACUUAACGUGAAUGAAUAAAAGUCAAUGCUAUUGGA